UACAGUCAGUCAGUGAUUGUACUUAUGGUGUGGAAGCACUAGUGCAUUGCUUGGGAAAAGGGGCACGCUGUUGUGAUGCAGAUAUUGUAUGUUCGACGGAAUAAAUACUUUAAUAGAUCUCAUGUUGGCGAUAAAUGCAGAUUCGAAGUCGCGAUGAAAUUAAACUUGGCAUGUGGAAAGCGAAUAAAUAUUUUUAUCGUCAUGAUGCAAAGGAGAGAAUGCAUGACCUUCAAACCUUGUGUCGUGUUCAGGUGAAACAGGUGUACGCCUAUUUAUGGCGCGACUGUGGGACCGAAUGUGGAGACGGUAAUAAGGUCGACAGGAUGGGUGGGCGGCCAGUGCAGGUAGUUGUUAGUAAAAAUGACCAUUCUUUUGAACUCGAUGAGGAAGCGUUGGCAGAAAUUCUUCUGCAGGACCAUGUUAAAGACAAAACUGUGGUGGUUGUAUCCGUAGCUGGUGCCUUCCGGAAGGGAAAGUCCUUUCUACUUGACUUUUUUCUUCGAUAUAUGAUAACACAGGGAAGGCAAGAUUGGAUGGGCAACGAAGAAGAACCUCUUCAAGGAUUCUCUUGGCGAGGAGGUUCUGAAAGAGAUACCACCGGUAUUCUCAUUUGGUCUGAAGUCUUUGUUACUGAUUUACCAAAUGGAGAACAGGUUGCUGUUAUUCUUAUGGACACUCAAGGAGCCUUUGACAGUGAAAGUACAGUGCGGGAUUGUGCUACUGUGUUUGCAUUGAGCACAAUGUUGAGUUCCGUCCAGAUUUACAAUCUCUUGCACAACAUACAAGAGGAUGAUUUGCAGCACCUUCAGCUUUUCACUGAAUAUGGUAGGUUAGCACUGGAGGAUGCUGGACACACACCCUUCCAAAAACUACAGUUCCUCGUGAGAGAUUGGAGUUUCCCAUAUGAAGCAGACUAUGGAGAUAAGGGAGGAGAAAUAAUUUUGAAUAGAAGGUUACAGAUAUCAAACAAACAACACCCUGAGCUCCAGUCGUUAAGGAAGCACAUCAGGUCAUGUUUUUCUGGCAUAUCCUGUUUCUUGAUGCCUCAUCCAGGACUCAAAGUGGCAACAAAUCCAGAAUUUGAUGGAAAAUUAUCAGACAUUGAGACAGACUUCAAGAAACAGCUUCAAAAGUUGGUUCCAAUGAUGCUGGCCCCCGAAAACUUAGUUGUAAAAGAAAUUGGAGGUCAGAGAGUGAAGGCGAAGGAGUUGCUGCAAUAUUUCAAAUCAUAUCUUGAAAUUUACAAGGGGGAUGAGCUACCUGAACCGAAAUCCAUGUUGGUUGCUACAGCUGAAGCUAACAAUCUGGCAGCAGUAGCAGCAGCCAGGGAAACUUACACAAUGUUGAUGGAGGGGAUAUGUGGUGGUGCCAAGCCAUAUCUCAGCACUGCACAUCUCGAAGCUGAACAUGGGAGGAUUAAAGACAAAGCAUUAACUCAGUUCAUCAAUAAACGCAAAAUGGGAGGCGAGAGUUUCUCUGAAUCGUACAAGCAGAAGUUAGAUAAGGAGUUAGAAGAUCUGUAUGGACAAUUCAAAAUGCACAAUGAAAGUAAAAACAUAUUCAAGGCUGCAAGAACUCCUGCCGUCUUCUUUGCUACGGCUGUGAUAUUUUAUAUUUUAUCAGGAAUCUUUGGCCUUAUUGGAAUUUAUUCUUUGGCCAAUCUGUGCAAUCUUGUGAUGGGUGUGGCAAUGCUGAGCUUUGGGGUAUGGGCAUAUGUCAGGUAUAGUGGAGAAAUGAGAGAAAUAGGAGCAUACCUGGACGAAGUUGCGAAUCUACUGUGGGAUAACGUCAUGAAACCAACAUAUCAACAGUUUUUGGAGAUGGGUUUGCAACAGGCAGCACUACAAGCAACAGAAGCAGCAAUCAGUAGUGGCAACUCAACAGUACAAAGUAAUGGGAAGCUAAAACAGUCUUGACUGCACGCACCACUACAACGAAUGUGAUAAAUGAACUUGGACUUCUAUAAGGAAUCUUGAAGUGAUAAAGUGGCGUGGAAGUGUCAGUAAUGGUAAUUUAAGCAUGUAAUUUAGGAUAAUACAAACGUAACCAACCACCUCAGUGCCUAAAAAUUAUCUUCCAGUUAAAUAAGUAUAUGUAUAAAGUGUCUGAUUUAUUUUUAGCAUUGCCAAUCAUUGUACAUGUAAGUGAACCUAAGCACAUUUGGUGUCAAAAAGGCCAUAUUUAUUCAUGACUGCUUAGAUUUAAAUUAACAUAAACAGAUGUACAAAUUUGCUUACCUGAAGGUGCUGCAAAUCUUCUACUUCUAUGGUGUGCAAGAUUGUAAAUCUGGACUGAACUCAGCAUUGUACUCAAUGUGAACACUGUAGCACAAUCCCGCACUGUACUUCCACUGUCGAAGGCUCCUUGUGUGUCCAUAAGAAUAACAGCAACCUCAUAGAAAAAAUGGAGUAAGCACAUUCUUCAAGUAUACUUCAACUUGAAAAUAAAAUUGACAAUGUGAAGCAAAUUUAAUUUCAAUUCGUAUUGAACCAACAACCUUUAAUUCUCUUGUAUUGUCACAGUUUUCUGACUAAAAGUAUGAAAUUUGGUUUGUACAUCUGUUUUAUUUAUGUUAAUUUAAAUGUAAGCAGUCAUGAAUGUUCUAUAUAGUCUUCCUUGGAAUUUAAAUUUCAUAAUAGCUACAUCAUGAUUAUAAAUUAUAUAUUAUUUCUAAAACAUCUUUAAUUGUAAAAUACAGUACUUCUUUCCUAUAACAAUUUGUGUGAAAUUCUGUUUGUUGGUGCCUGUUAUUUUAUUGAUAGUGUGGUGGUGGAUUUAUUUAAAUCAAACUCAAGCAGUUGAAGUACAGAUAUUGUUGAAGGAAUAUGAAUUUAUAGUUGAAAUUUUGAGUUAUAUUCAAUAUUUGUGUUCAGAUUAUUCUAAAGAAGUUUGUAAUUGUCAGUUUGUUGCAUAGCAGAAGAAAACUACAAUCAAGAUUUAAUGUGAUGCAGUAUUAUAUUUACUGGUGGGCUCUCUAAACCGAGCAUGACAAUGGUCCUUGACUAGGGCAAUGGCUCUAGUUUUUGAGCAUUUCUGAAGGCCCAGUAACAGUGCUUGAUGUUAUUAGUAAAUGCUGUUACUGAUUCUGAUGAAAUUCCACUGCUAAACUGUGGUGUCUGGAACACUACAAAACUGCUGUAGGUGGUGUGAAAAGGUGAAAUAUAUUAAAUAUAUUUUUUCUAAUUCUGUGCAAAAAAUAAAUGGAUUUAAUAUUUGUGGCUUGCAUGAGAAAUUGUACCUACAUUUGAUUUCCUCUUUUAUGUUUUGUGAGAUAGUCCUUGAAUAACAUACUUCUAUACACUUUGAUUUGUAUAAUUUAGUAGUUGCAGGACCUCAGUAGUAUAUGCAGUUCACGAUGUACAACCAGUGCCAUAAGAGGAAAUAGUGGCCUCAGAUUUUCUUGCCGCUAUGCAGAUAAGCAAUGAGUGAAAAUUACGUGCUCAACAUUGAAAUUGUUUUCAUGCUCAUUAAUGUUAUAAUUGUGAUAUAAUUAAAAUACUUAGCUGCAAAACUCCUGUUGUUAUAUUGGGUUUGGUAAAUAAAUCCCUAUUUUUGUAAUAUUC